AUGAAGUUCCUUACUGCCAUUAUUUCACUUGCAAGCCUUGCUGCGGCAACAACAGAGAUGACACCUGGAACCAUACAGACACAGCAGGGUGACACAAAAAUCACUAUCGACACGCUGAGUGCCCUCCAGAUUCUGCAACCACCGUCUUCCCUGCGCCACAUUCUCCUGCAUCUGACGGUAAUUGCUGUACCAACGGCCACUUCUGUGAUGACGGAAUCUUCGACGUAA